UAUGGGUGGGUUGGGAAAUGGCCGUCGAGGAGGAAGAUCCCCCCCUCUGAUUAUUUCAGCCCUAAUCGCCUGUAUUUUAGUCCUGGGCUUUAACUACUGGGUGUCCAGCUCCCGCAACCUGGAGCUACAGACCAAGCUGUAUGAACUGGAGGGCCAAGUGAGACGUGGGGCAACAGAGAGGGAGAUUAAGAAGAGCGAGUUCCAAGAGGUCCAGAAACAGAAGGGUCAGAUAGAAAGCUUUUACAAGAGACAAAUAGAUGGAGCCCAGCUCACCUGCAGCCAGGACAAGGCCAAACUGCAGCAGAACAUUUCCUCAAGCACUAAAACAAUUCAGGAACUCAAAGGUAUUGUGAAUCAGCUGAAUGAUGACUUGGGAAGGCUUCAGAAAGAGCUGCAGAGUUGCCAAGACAACAUAAACAGCCUCAACAAAAAAUUAACUUAUGACAUGACUCAGUGUGAAUCCAGGGUCCAGACUCAGAUGGAGUUGUGUGAUGAGAAAGUGGCUGCUGCUAAACUUGAAGUUCAGAAAAAAAUAGAGCAACUCAAACUUCCUUCAAGUGUCUCUGCACAGCAGAAAGACACAGGAAAGGAAACGGUUAACGAAGAGACAACUGUCAAAAUUGUACCCAGUGAAGAUCAAACUACAACAGUUGUAAAUCACACGUCAAGCAGCCCUCAGCUUAAAGAAAACGAAACCCCAAAUUCAUUCACUAAUGAUAUCAUCAUUGAUCAAGAUUCUGAAGUUUUUGAACAGUCUCCAACAAAGGAUCUCUCUAAAAUGGCGAUCAAGUCUGUUUCUUUAGCUUCUACAGUGAAGAAGAACAAACUGCAGCUUGGAGACGAAGACAUCAGAACUGAUGAAACUGAGGCAAAGACCAGCAAAGAUCUGAAUAAUAAUCUGACUGAGGAUAAAGACAUGGAGGUGAUGGAUGCUCACGAUGAAGGAGCUCAGACAAAAGAAGCUGACCCUGGCAUGGAGGGUAUGUUGAUUGAUCAAGGGAUGCCAGAUGAGACACUUGUAGGUCAGAAACCUGAAGAACCAGAGGAAUAUGAUGCAGAUGAUCAGGUGGUGGGUGGAAUGGAUUUGGAGAAAGAACAGAGGGGUAAACCAGCAGAAAAUAUAGACAAGGACAUGGAGGAGGAGCUGGCUGACUACAAUGGGGAUGAUGAAAAUGAAGGAGAGUUUGAAGCAGACAAACAAGAAGCACUUGCUCAAAUCUAAGAGAUCGAGCUGAUUAAUGAUGCUGCGCAUCAGAGUGGAAAAGCUGUGCCACAUCAAGAAAACACUCCGAAAACAAAACGGUUUUAUUUGGAAUUUUUUUAAUGGAAGAGCUCUGAGCGAUCCCCUCGCCCCAUACUCUUAUGGGAAAGUGUGUAAUUUUACUUUUUUUUUUUUGCUUCGUCUCCAAUGUUCAGUUCUCAUAGAGGAUUGCAGGGAUGACAAAAUAAAUCUUGAAACGUAGCGCCAUUUGGCUUUAAAAAGUAAAACACCUCAACAUGAUGAAAAUUAAAAUAAUUUAAUGAUGUGUUGACGAGUGUUCUGUUCAGUCGGUGACAGCUGUGAGCUGUGUUGACUGAAUCACCACAGAAAAUAAUAAACGCUGUGUUUACUGUUACAUUGUUCGGUUUGCAAAAAAGUUGAAAUGGGUUGAAUUAAUGGACAUUUUUCAAACAUGAUUGGGAAAAAACAAAUUACUUAAAGGUCUUUUCAUCACUGUUGCAUCGUUUUCAAACUAAGAUCAUUUCUUUUCAGCUUAUGAUUGUUGAAAUGUUCAGGCGUUGUAUUCACAGCAAGACUUUAAAGGUGGAAUAAUUAUCGCUUUCUACUUUAAGUAUCAAGGGCAAGGGAAAAACAAACAGCUGGACAAGCUUAAUCUCUAGAUCUUACAUGUUGCAGCUGCAUGCCUUAUCUGUUCUGUCUAACCAGUUUUUCCAACAUCAAAUGCUACAGGCUCAGUGGAGGGCGACAAAAGGAUGUUAACGAAAGGACGUGAACUGUCUUUCCCCUGCUAAGUUAAUCAGACUGAAACAAGCUGACAAAAUAGACACACCUUUAUUGACCAAGUUUGUGUGCACAAACAAGUGAUUUGACUUUGAUUUCAAAUAUGAGAAUUUUUUUGAAUUCCUGAAAGGUAAUGUUCAUUUCUGCUAGAAAUGAACAUUGUGUUUUGCGGCUGCUUUAGGCCAAUGUGCAUAUUUCAGUUGUAAUGUUUAGUUUAUUCAGUAAUUUCAACGUAAAGCAACAUUAAACUGGAAACUGUUCGGGUAAGUGCAAAUAAAAUCCAAGUUUAUCGAGCAGAGUUUAACAAAAAAUAAUUUGUGGUGGUGGGAUAAUUUGUUGCCUUGUGUUUUAUACAGGACAAGAGAUGUAUUUAAUCUUCAUUAUUGCUUUUUUGUUUUGUAGACGUGGGGAAAUUUAGAGUGAAAACCUACAGGAGCUCAGUUUAUUUUCAUAAUGUUUGGAUUAUCAUGAGUAGUACAGUUCAUGAUUUCAUAAACUUGUAGC